GAUAUGUAAUAAAUCACAACUUUCCCUCUCUUUUUCUCUUUACUUUGUCACGAAAGCUACCAUUCUAUAUUUAAAUAAAUUCAUAAAUAUUUGCAUUGACAAAACCCAUCAUACCUAUCGCGCGAGCACAACACUUCAUCUUCGUUCACGCGACCAGUGCUUUAAGAAUCAAGAUGGCUGCCCACAGUGCCGUGCUCUCGAUGUCCAAAAUUAUUAAUCCGUUCUGGGGUGGACGCCUUGGCAAUACGGUUAAAGUAUUUGGAACAACUCUGACAAGUCACAGGAAUAAGACCUUACGUAGUGGCGACAACAUUCCCCCUCCUGCAAAGUAUGGAGGCAGACACACUGUGACCCUCAUACCUGGAGAUGGAAUUGGUCCAGAGCUGCUCAAUCAUGUCAAAGAGGUUUUCAGGUUCAGCUGUGUCCCGGUGGACUUUGAGGUGGUGCAUGUCAACUCUGCUUUGGAGAGUGAGGAUGAUAUCAACAAUGCCAUCACUGCCAUUCGCCGUAAUGGAGUUGCCCUCAAAGGUAACAUAGAAACCAACCACACGAUGGCGCCAUCUGUCAAAUCAAGAAAUAAUCUCCUUCGCACAAGUUUAGACCUGUAUGCCAAUGUGAUGCACUGCCAGUCGCUCCCUGGAGUCCAGACUCGCCACAAGAACAUUGACAUCAUGAUCAUCAGGGAGAACACAGAGGGAGAGUACAGCAGUCUAGAGCACGAGAGUGUAUCAGGGGUAGUGGAGUGCCUCAAGAUCAUCACCAGGAACAAUUCCCUCAGGAUUGCUGAUUAUGCCUUCCGACUGGCCAGGGAGAAAGGUCGUAGUAGGGUCACUGCUGUACACAAGGCUAACAUCAUGAAGCUCGGCGAUGGUUUGUUCUUGCAGUGUUGCAGAGAAGUGGCCUCUGGUUACCCGGACAUCACAUUUGACAGCAUGAUUGUGGACAACACCACCAUGCAGCUGGUGUCCAAGCCACAUCAGUUUGAUGUGAUGGUAAUGCCCAAUCUGUAUGGGAAUGUGGUGAGCAACGUGUGUGCCGGCCUGGUGGGAGGGCCUGGCCUCGUGCCUGGGGCUAACUUUGGCCGCGACUAUGCUGUCUUUGAGACGGCUACAAGGAACACAGGAAAGAGUAUUGCUGGAAGGAACAUUGCUAACCCUACUGCCAUGCUGCUAGCUGGCUGUAUGAUGCUGGACCACCUUAAACUUUACGAAUAUGCGAGUAUGAUCCGAAAUGCAAUCCUCACCACCAUGAAUGAAACCAGGUUGCACACAGCCGAUAUCGGGGGUCAGGGCACCACAUCAGAGGUGGUCCAGUCCAUCAUGAGGAACAUCCAGAGUAAAGGGCCUCUCACAACUGACCUCUAAACACACAUUCAUCAGAGGUGUGAGUUUAAACAUGUUUUCCAUGCAUGUCAGUUUCCAUGGCAUCGGGUCUGAUCACUGACAUCGGACUGGUUCCUUUUUUUCCCUUUCUUGUUAAUGCAGCUUACUGAGCACUGUACAAACAGCCUUUUAUCCACACCGGUGGGUUUCAAAAUAAUGACCUUCAUGAGACAGAUUUAAAACGGUUUACUUUGGAUCAAAUUCCAUUAUUACUCCUAUUAGAUGAUAAAUCUUACUGUAAGGAUAUUUUCUGAGUUCAUCAGGUUCAUUCAGUUGGAAAUAAGUGUUUUUGCAAAUUGUUAUGAAUGUCAAUGAGGAUCAUUAUUUAUUUUCCAAAUUAUGACUAUGUUACAGCUUUCUCAAUUUGCCAAAAUGUGCUAUGUUCAUUUAAUGCUUUGCCUUUUUUGUCAUACUGUAACUACGAUAUCAAGUUGGCUGUUAUAUAAUGUUCUGUCUUUACAUCAGAUCAACUGUACUAUAAAAAUGGGGAUGUAGCAAUUUCAUAUAUACUGUAUCAGUGGAGGUGUACAUCAAGUAGUUGUUGUCUGUGAUAUGUGAGCAGGUAUAUAUACUGUAUAACACAAAAUAUUAUCAAUAAAGUAAUAAUCUACCUUA